UAUACUGGUUUAUACUGGUCCAUACUGGUUUAUACUGGUUUAUACUGGUGCAGGACUGGCCGCAGCACUGGGAUCCCAGUUCGGGGAGGGCCUCCUUGAGCUGCUGGAGCUGGGGCUGGGCCUGGCCCCCGACGACCCCGAGGCCACCGAGGUCAGUUUGCAGCUGCUCUCGGCCGUCUCGGAGCUGUUGGGGGAGGGGACGGCGCCGCUGCUGCCUCGGGCACUUCCGGUCCUGCAGGGGGCGCUGCGGCCCCCGCCGCCCCCCCCCACGGACGCUCCUGAUUGGCUGCCGGAUCUCCACGACGACCCCGACAGCGAUGACGUCACCGCCAUGGAGGAGGAUGACGUCACCGAGUGGGAGGAGGCGGAAGUGGGCGGGGCCUUCCCGAGAUUGGCAGAAGCGGCGCUGGGAGCGCUGGGAGAACUGGCAGAGAAUUGCGGCGCCGCCUUCCUGCCCUACCUGGAGCCCUCCUUGGCCGCCGUGCUGGAUCUGACCCAGUUCCCCCAGUGCCAGGUCCGAGGCGCCGCCUACGAGGCCCUGGGGAGUCUCAGCUGCUGCGGGAGGGGCCGGGAAAACCAAACUGCCCCCAGCCCCGCCCACCAGGGGGCGUUCCAGGCUCUCCUUUCCGGCCUGAGGGCGGAGCCGGAAGUGGGCGGAGCUUUGGGCGCCGUGGGCGGGGUCGGGCGGAUCCUGCAGGCCCCGGGCCCCGCCCCCAAGGAAUGGCUGGAGCCCAUUGGUGCAGCCCUGUGUGACGUCAUCGCCGGCAAGAUCGGCUGCCUGAGAACGCGGCGGGACGGCGACGAGACCUCCCAGCUGGCCGAACUCCGCGAAGCCGCCUCCGAUUGGCUGCUGGAACUGGGCGCCGCCAUGGCCCGGGCCCAGACAGGAAGUGACCCCGCCCAAACCGGAAGUGACCCCUCCCACACAGGAAGUGACCUCACCUUCCCUCCCCACCUCUUCCGCCGCAUCCUCCCCUCCCUAUUGGCCGCCCUGGCCGACCCCGCCCACCCGGGGGCGCGGUCCUGGGCGGCGGCCGUGAUUGGCCAGCUGGGCCACGCCCUGGGCGCCGAGGCCACGCCCUUUUUGCCUUAUUUGGGCCCGGCCUUGCGGCUGGCCGCCGGCGACGCCGACGCCGAGGUGCGCGCCAAUGUCUUCUACGCCGUCGGGAGGGUCGGGGAGGCCGCGGGACACGCCCACCUGGAGGGGGCGUGGCCGGGGGCGGAGCUUUGCUGCCACGCCCUGCGGGAGGGGGGGGAGGGGCCGGGGAAGGUUCGGGACAACGCACUGGGAGCACUGGUGAGACUGGGAGUGCCCUACGAGCAGUCUCUCCCCCUGGCUCUGCGCUCGCUGCCGCUCUCCCAGGAUCUCCAGGAGGAGGCUCCGGUUCUGCGCUGGCUCCUGGGGGCUGGGACGGAGAGGCUCCUCCCCCACGUCCCCGCCCUCGUCCGCGGCGUCGGCCCCGCCCUGGCCCUGAACAGACUCGACCCAGCUCUCAGCCAAUCGCUGCUCGCGCUGCUCCGCCGGGUGGGCGGGCCGACCCCGACAACUUCCGGGUGGGCGUGGCCUCGCUGGACCCCCGCCCACGCCGCCAUCUUGGGCCGGCUCCUGGAUGACGUCAUCGCUGACCAAUAAAAACGGAGAAUGGAAAAAGGGGCGUGGCCUCGUC